AUGUCCAAGGGCAAGGUUUGUCUGGCCUACUCCGGUGGCCUCGAUACUAGCUGCAUUCUCAAGUACCUGAUUGAGGAGGGCUAUGAGGUCGUCUGCUUCAUGGCCGAUGUUGGCCAGGAGGAGGACUUCGAGGCUGCUCGGGAGAAGGCCCUGAAGAUCGGUGCCCUCAAGUGCGAGAUUAUCGACAUCCGCCGCGAGUUCAUUGAGGAGCUCUGCUUCCCCGCCAUUGCUUGCAAUGCCGUCUACGAGAACGUGUACCUUCUCGGUACCUCCCUGGCUCGUCCCGUCAUCGCCCGUGCCCAGAUUGAGGUCGCCCAGCGCGAGGGCUGCUUCGCCGUCUCCCACGGCUGCACCGGCAAGGGCAACGACCAAGUCCGCUUCGAACUCGCCUUCUACGCCCUCCAGCCCAACAUCAAGGUCAUUGCCCCAUGGCGCGACCCCGUCUUCUACGAGCGCUUCGUCGGCCGUAACGAUCUCCUCGCCUACGCCGCCGAGAAGGGUAUCCCCGUCUCCUCCACCAAGUCCAAGCCCUGGAGACCCCAACAUCACCCCCCGGCCGAUAUGUGGAAGUUGACCCAGGACCCUCUGACUGCUCCCGACCAGCCUGAGGACUUCACCCUCACCUUCGAGAAGGGUGUUCCCGUCAAGCUUGAGUACACUGAGAAGGGCCAGCAGAAGACUGUCACCGACUCCGUUGACCUCUUCCUGACUGCGAACGCUAUUGCCCGCCGCAACGGUGUUGGCCGUAUCGAUAUCGUCGAGAACCGUUUCAUCGGUAUCAAGUCUCGUGGCUGCUACGAGACUCCCGGUCUUACCUGCCUGCGCGCUGCCCACAUCGACCUUGAGGGUCUUGUGAUGGACCGUGAGGUCCGUGCCCUGCGUGACUCUUUCGUCACCUUCAACUACUCCAAGCUCCUCUACAACGGCAUGUACUUCUCCCCCGAGCGUGAGUUCCUGGAGGCCUCCAUCACCGCCUCCCAGAAGUCUGUCAACGGUGUCGUCCGCUGCCGUGCCUACAAGGGCACCGUUUCCGUCCUCGGCCGCUACUCCGAGACUGAGAAGCUCUACGACAUGACCGAGUCCUCCAUGGACGAGAUCGGUGACUUCUCGCCCGCCGAGACCACCGGCUUCAUCAACGUGUCUGCCAUCCGUCUCAAGAAGUACGGCCAGAUGAAGGCUGCCGCUGGUGAGAAGCUGUAA